AUGGCGACUAAUGUUCAAAGAACGUCUUCCGCUUCACCGGCGCCGGAGAAACAUAAGGAGGCGAUUCAGUUCAUUGAGAAGAUGACGAGAAACACAGACAAAGUUCAGGCGAACGUUUUGGCUGAGAUACUCAGCCGGAAUGCCGACACAGAAUAUCUGGGGCUUUACAAUCUCAACGGAGCCACCGAUCGUGAAACAUUCAAGUCGAAGAUUCCAAUCGUCACUUACGACGACCUGCAACCUAUCAUUCAACGCAUCGCCGAUGGUGAUCGCUCUCCCAUUUUAUCAGCUCAUCCGAUUUCUGAAUUUCUCACCAGUUCUGGUACUUCUGCCGGUGAAAGAAAGCUCAUGCCGACGAUUCACGAAGAUUUGGAUCGACGUCAACUGCUUUACAGCCUUCUCAUGCCUGUAAUGAACUUGUACAUGCCAGGUUUAGACAAGGGAAAAGCUUUAUACUUUCUAUUCGUCAAAUCCGAAACAAAGACUCCGGGUGGGUUACUCGCCCGACCCGUUCUCACAAGCUACUACAAAAGUGACCAUUUCAAAACCCGACCCUUCGACCCGUAUAACGUCUACACCAGCCCAAACGAAGCAAUUCUUUGCCCCGAUUCCUUCCAAAGCAUGUACGCUCAGAUGCUUUGCGGUCUGUAUGACCGCAAAGAAGUGCUCCGUAUCGGAGCAAUAUUCGCCUCGAGUUUGCUCCGAGCCAUUCGGUUCCUUCAACUGAACUGGAAGGAACUCUGUCAUGAUAUCCGGACCGGAACUCUCAACGAGAGAGUAUCUGAUCCGGAUAUCAAACAGUGUAUGUCUCAGAUACUGAGACCCGAUUCGGAUCUAGCAGAUGUUAUUGAAUCCAAAUGCUCAAAGGAGAAUUGGGAAAGAAUUAUCGUUCGAAUUUGGCCUAAUGUGAAAUACCUAGAAGUAAUUGUGACCGGUGCAAUGGCUCAAUACAUUCCAACCCUAGAUUAUUAUAGUGGCGGGUUACCGAAAGUUUGCACAAUGUAUGCAUCUUCCGAAUGUUACUUCGGGAUUAACCUCAAUCCACUGUGUAAACCAUCGGAAGUUUCCUACACAAUUAUGCCAAACAUGGCAUACUUCGAGUUCAUACCCCACAAUCCACAUUCAGGGUCAACCAACAAUGUGGUUGACCUAGCGAAUGUGGAAAUAGGGAAGGAGUAUGAACUCGUGGUCACCACCCAUGCAGGUCUUUACAGAUACUGCGUGGGUGACAUACUGCGUGUCACCGGGUUUCACAACUCUGCACCGCAGUUCCAUUUCGUGAGACGAAAAGACGUGUUGUUAAGCAUCGAAUCCGAUAAGACUGACGAAUCCGAACUACAAUCCGCCAUUGAAAACGCGUCCAAAUUGUUGAAGAAGUUCAACACGAGUGUGGUUGAGUACACGAGCUAUGCGGAUACCGAAACAAUCCCGGGUCAUUAUGUGAUAUUUUGGGAGUUGUUAGUGAAGGAUCCAAUGAAUUACCCAAGGGAGGAGGUGAUGGAGCAGUGUUGCUUGGCUAUGGAGGAAUCAUUGAAUGCUGUGUACAGACAGGGUCGGGUUGAGUGCAAUUCAAUCGGGCCGUUGGAGAUCCGAGUGGUGAAAAACGGUACGUUUGAAGAGUUGAUGGAUUAUGCUAUAGCAAGAGGUGCAUCUAUUAACCAGUAUAAAGUGCCAAGGUGUGUAAGCUUCACACCUGUAAUGGAGUUGCUGAAUACGAGGGUGGUGGCCUCGUAUUUCAGUCCGAGUUUGCCGUUCUGGAGUCCUGAACGUCGCCGGUGA